GCUGCCACUGACGGUUAGCGUUCAGUCGAGACCGAGCUCAUCCGCGAUACAGUUGCUUUUCGCAUUCAAUAGACAAAAUGGCUGAUGUUCCAAAGCGUGAAGUUGAAAAUGUCGAAUUCGUUUUCGAAGUUAUGGGCUCUCCCGGUGAGGGCAUCGAUGCCUUCGAUCUUGGCGAUGCUCUGCGCGCUUUGAACUUGAACCCCACCCUGGCUCUGAUUGAGAAAAUGGGCGGCACCAAGAAGCGCAACGAGAAGAAGAUCAAGAUGGACGAAUUCUUGCCCAUCUACUCACAGGUCAAGAAGGAGAAGGAGCAGGGCUGCUAUGAGGAUUUCAUUGAGUGCUUGAAGCUCUACGACAAGGAGGAGAACGGCAGCAUGUUGCUCGCUGAAUUGCAGCACGCUCUGUUGGCUCUUGGUGAGUGCCUGGAUGAUGAACAAGUGGAAAAUCUGUUCGCCGACUGCAUGGAUCCCGAGGAUGAUGAGGGCAUGAUCCCCUACUCCCAGUUCAUCCAGCGCCUGAUGAGCGACCCCAUUGUCUUCGACUAAACACAUUCCUCGCAAGAAUGUGUGACAGACCAGAUGCGCUAUAAAUAGUUACGAGCAACAACAACAGCAAUCGAACAACAACAACAACA